AUGCUUGCACUAGUGGUCUUGGCCGUCGUGGCUACCCUUUGCCAGGCCGGUGGAUACGGCUACGGAGGUGGAUACGGCUACGGAGGGGGACACGGAGGUGGAUACGGCUACGGAGGUGGACACGGAGGCUAUGGUGUUGGUGGAGUGUCUAACAACAACUUCCACCUCGCUGGUCCCAGAGGCUACGGAUAUGGACACGGUGGCGGACAUGGCGGCUAUGGCUAUGGAGGAUACGGUGGUGGUCAUGGCGGCUUCGGCUUUGGUGGCGGCUUCGGCGGCCAUGGUGGUGGAUACGGAUACGGCAAGUAAACGACUUAAUACAAGGACAUAUCAAAACUUAAACAAAGAUUUACCUGACUAUAU